AUGUACGUGACAAGGCCUCUUUCUAUGUAUCUAAGGGACCCUUCCAUGGUCACCUUGCCACCCCCAGAGGGUCCAAACUCAGGUAUUUUGGUCAUCCAGGAUGAAGAAGCGGAGCCUACAGUUUGCUUUGGUUUGUGUAAAGGCCACGAGCUCCAUGACCUGCCUUUCCCUCAGAACAAGAAUCUAAAGCUUCGCUAUUCCACAGGAGUGGGAGAAAACCGACAUGUUUCUCAUUUCUACACUGCCUUCAUUCCAGUUCUUAACCAGCCAUUGGCUUCGAAUCGGUACUAUGCUAUACAGUCGCGUGGAAGGCUUAAAAGGCAAGCAUACACCUGCUCAACAGAGGAGGACUUGGGAACCUGCUGCUGCUGCACUUUUGUAAAGGACGUACCCUCACAGCCUUUCAAUCCCAAUAACAUAUACCAGCAAUUUGAGAUCCAACUCAAAGGAAGAUUCAAUCGUGGCUUUGUUGCCAAAGCCAUAGCUUCAGAUGGGUACACUCCAAAGUUUCUUGGAAGAAAAGGGUGGGAAAUAUAUACCUCAACUCCUCGUGACUUCGAUUUAGGUGAAGCACCGGGUCUUGACACAGCACUACGUGCCCGCCUUCCAGAUUUUGAUUUCCCAUUAUCGUUUACAAGCUCAAACCCUGUGGUUGUGGGGAAGUGGUAUUGUCCCUUCAUGUUCAUCAAGGAGGGUACACCAAAAGAUCAAAUGAGUAGGACCAGGUAUUAUGAGAUGACACUUGAGCAAAGAUGGGAACAAAUAUUUGCAUGUGACAGUAGUAAUAGUGAAGGCAAAGCUGUGGUUGUUGAUGUUUCUGUUCAAAGUGAGUAUGUUGCUGUUGCUGGGAAUGUGGAAGCUGUGCAUGAAGAGAGGGAUGUGGCUAAUGGGCUUAUGAGGUAUAGGGGUUUUAACAAUGUGGGAGGAGAGAGCGGUGUCGGGUUGAGCUUAGCAAUUGUGGAGAGGAUGAAGUGGGAGCAACAAAGGUUUGGAUGGUUUGUGGGGAAUGAGAGGCAAGUGAGAGUGAAUAAAGUAGAGGAGUUUGGGGGAAUGGGAGGGUGGAGGAGAUUUAGUUGCUAUGUUUUGGUUGAGAGGUUUGUAUUGAAAAGAAUGGAUGGAAGCGUGGUCCUAACUCAUGGUUUUAGACACACUCAUCAUAUCAGGAGCAAAUGGGAGUGA